AUGUCCAUUCACACUCCGUCGUUCGCUCUCAUUCCAUCAUCCCAGGUGGUCCUGGAGGGAAAAUACAUUACUCUUCAACCGUGUCAACCUUCUCAAGAUGCUUCUGAACUCUACGACAUGAGUCAUGGUUCUCCAGAGAAGGAAAGUAUUUGGGAAUAUUUGUAUAUGGGUGGUUCUGUCACUCCAUUUCCAAAUGUUCAGGAAUUUCAACAAUUAUUAGAGAAACGAGUAGCUACGAGUGCAUCAUCUUCAACGACGCCCGUUCCGAAUCGAUAUUAUUCUUGGACCGUCGUGGAGAAUCAAACUCGAAUGAAAAUUGGAAAUUUAUGUCUCAUGAAUGCAUAUCCAGAUCAUGGACGAAUUGAAAUUGGAGCUGUUUGGGUUGCAAAACCAUACCAUCGAACAAAUGUCAAUACGGAGGCUUGUUUUUUAUUAAUGUGUUAUGCAUUUGAAGUUUUACAAUAUUCAAGAGUGGAGUGGAAGUGUGACGAAAGAAAUAAGAGAUCGAGUGGAGCUGCCAAGAAGAUGGGUUUUUCAUAUGAAGGAACCUUUAGAAAGCACAUGAUUGUGAGAGAUGGAUUUGCUAGAAACACAGAUUGGUAUAGCAUAAUUGAUGAGGAUUGGUUUGGAGGAAAGAAGAAAUUGUAUUUACAGCAUGAUCGAUUGAAAUAUGAAAAACAGGAUGAUGAAAGGCUUGCAAAUAUGAUUCAGUAUUUGAGAAGAAUGAAUGGAAAUAACAAGUUGUAA